CAGAGCUUCCAGCAGUCACCACGAAUUGUUGCACUUGUGUGCGAAUCCAUUCGUUCGAGCGAAUUGUCGGAGUCGGACGACGUCAACAUGACGGACGCCAGCGGUUUGUUUGAUGGCCCAGCUUAUAGCGGAUUGGAUCUCGCACUGGACUGGCGUGACCUCUUCCUGCUGCUGCACUCUCUCCAGGCGUCCAAGCCCAUCCUGCACCAUCGAACAUCGUCUUCUCGCGUCGCAACGGAAGCCUCCGUGUUUACAGAUAUUGAACAGCUCGCGUGGCGGAUUGUGCAGAGAUCCCGAACGGUGGCGAAAACCAUAGAGAAACACAUACUUGACCAAGUGGAGCUUCUUAUCAAUUUCGGUGGCAAGCAAAUUCACGCUCGCGAGUGGAAAGCGCUGCUUUUGAUGGACAUUUCCUUCUUCUGGAUAGAGCAGGGCGAUACGGGCGAGCACUCGCCAUCCAAGUCUGCAACGGCGUUGCUUUGCUUGUUUGAACGAUGUCAAAAGCCCUCACAGAGUAAGAUCGCGGCGGAAACGCUUUCGCAACUAUUUAUUUCGCAAUCAGGAAAGCUGUUCCCUCACUUAAAUGCUAUUCAAGACUGGCUCAGGUACCUACGAACAGCCAUACACGACUUUUUUGUUGUGUCGAAAUCUGACACCUUCUCUGAUGCCACAUACAGCAUGCAGUUCCAACGGUCAUUUGACAGUGCCCGCGAUUACUUUCUGAUUGCUUCCCGCUUGGCAACGGUAUAUAAAGGUGCGUUUUCAAAACUGGAUUGCUUGAAAUUAAACUGA